AUGACACACACUCCACCCACAGGCGAAUAUCGCCAAUACCUGCCGGACUUGGGCCUGAAACGGUUCCAGGUGAUGCGCACCCAGGAUGCCCACGAAUACGCGCAUGACUUCAAGACCCUCGCUGCUCCACCCUGGUUGCAUGCGCUGUACAUGCACUGGCUGGAGCUGCUACAAGAGCCGUUCAAGGGCAUCACCGUCGACGGGAACGUCCGACCAGGCUUGUUCACCCUCCAAGACGAGGGCAUCCCGAUGCAGAAGAUCGUCGACGCGGUACAUGCUGUGGAGGCGACCCUGGACGACAAGCAACAGCAACUCCUGCACUAUCACAUUGACUCUCCCGAGUGGCGCACCUGGUCGAACCCUGAAUUCCUCCUGAGCGACAAAGGUCUCCGGCUAGACGAGGUGUCGACGGGGACCCGCGACGCCGUGAUGAAGGUGUUACAGGCGACACUUUCACCAGAGGGUUACGAUAAGGCGGUCAAGGCGAUGCGCAUCAACCACUUUCUCGGCGAGCUGGUAGAGUCGCCGCGGGUGAUGAACGAAUUCAGCUACAACUUUGUCAUCUUCGGCCGACCAUCGACAGCGCGACCAUGGGGCUGGUCCUUCUACGGUCACCACCUCUGCUUGAAUGUAUUUCUGUACCGCGGGCAAUUGGUCGCCUCGCCCUGGUUUACAGGCGCCGAGCCCAACGAAAUCGACAGCGGACCGCACGCCGGCACGCGGAUCCUGCAGGUUGAAGAGUCUCUGGGACUCCAGCUGAUGCAAUCUCUGAGUCCACCACUCCAGGAAGAUGCCCGGGUGUACAAGCAGAUGCACGACCCCGCGAUGCCACCGGGCCGCUGGAACCGCGACGACCAGCGCCACCUCUGCGGGGCCUACCGCGACAAUCGGGUCGUCCCAUACGAGGGAAUCACGGUAUCAGCAUUCUCUGAACAUCAAAAGAUCCUCCUCUAUGGCAUCCUUGAGCAGUACUUGCUGUACUUGCCAGCACGGGCGCGCCAGAUGAAGAUCGACCACAUCCGGCAGUACGAGGCCGAGACGCACUUCUGCUGGAUUGGUAGAUUUGGCGACAAUGAUCCUUUUUACUACCGUGUUCAGAGUCCUGUGAUCCUAGCCGAGUUUGACCACCACUCGGGAGUGUUUCUCAACAACGAGGAGCCGAAGAAGUUCCACAUACACACGCUUCUGCGCACGCCCAACGCUGGCGACUAUGGGAGUGCGUUGCGGCCGCUGAUUCCGGCAGCAGAGGGACUGAAUGGAAAGGAGAUCAAGUGGUAG